GAUGCAUUUAAAUUUAAAUUUAAAAUACUUUCACGUAUUAUUAAUAUUUUUACAAGUGAUUAUAAAUCGUGCUCAGGAACCAAGACGUGAUGAAACGUAUCCUCCUCCUGCAGUUAUCAAAUCCUUUCAAAUCAUUCAUGAUACUUGUGUAGAAAAAACUGGUGUGGAAGAAGCUUCAAUUAAGGCCUUCAGUGUUGGUGAAAUACACGAGGAUCCAGCGCUUAAAUGUUACAUGAAUUGUUUCUUUCAUGAGGUUGGCAUUGUUGAUGAUAACGGUGAAGUACAUUAUGAGAAAUUCAAACGAUUUGUGCCAGCUGAGAUCAAGGAUAUUGUACAACACAUAAUUGAAGGUUGUGAGGCACAUGUGCCUGUAGGCGCCACGCAAUGUGAAAGAGCUUGGUCAUGGCAUGUAUGCUGGAAGGAAAUAGACCCAAGACACUACUUUUUAGUGUAAUUGACAUGUUAAGUUAUUAAAGAAGAAAACAUUAUAUGUGGAACAAAAAAGGAUUACAAAAUAUAAGAGGAGCAUGUAAACAUUUUGCACAAAACUAUUGUACAACAUAACUUUCAUAUAUAUAUAUUAGUUGUUUAAUGUAAUCUAAAAAGGAGAAAAUAAAGGAUACCAUUGGCUUGUUUUCAUAACAGUCAGCAACAUA